AUGCCAUCUACUCUAUCAAUUAUCUGGAACAACAAGUUCAAACUUCCUCCCCUUCCAGCACCCAAUACUUUUUUCGGAAAAUCUAUUCUUAUCACUGGUGCAACAUCGGGAAUAGGUUAUGCAACUGCAGUACAUUUUGUCAAUCUGGGUGCACGAUCUGUGGUCAUAACCGGAAGAUCGCUUGCGAAAGGGGAACUGGCAAAGGCCAGAAUAGAAGAUGAGACGGACACUAUAGGAAAAAACAUUGUAAGAUGCAUGGAACUAGACAUGAGCACCUUUGAAACUAUAAACGAAUUCGCAGGGAAAGUGACAAGAGAUAUUCAAGAGAUCGACUUCGUUUGUUUGAAUGCUGGAGCUAUUUCCACUAAGCACAAAUUAGGCAAGGAAGGAUAUGAAAGCAUGAUUGAGAUAAGCGUUCUUGGAACUUCCUUCUUGGCGUUACUACUACUGCCUUGGAUGAAAGAAGUUGGAAGAGGAAAUGCUCAUUUGGGCAUAGUAACAAGUGGUCUUCAUAGGAACAUCGAUAUCUCCAAGUGGCCGAAAAAUGAUGUGCUCAAAUAUUGGAGCGCGAAGGAGAACUGGAAGGACGGGCAAAGUGGUUAUGCUCUAGCCAAACUGCUCCAGCAGUAUGCGGUCAAUGAAAUCGCCAAGUUAGCACUGAGCGCUGAUGGAAAGCACAAGGUCAUUGUGAACUCAAUUUGUCCAGGGAUGGUAAAAUCAGACCUUGGACGAGAGUACAAUACCGGUGUAGCAAUGAGUAUAAUGAUCAGUUUGUGGAUGGGUCUUGCUUGCAAGACUACUGAAGGUGGUGCUCGAACUUACGUUCUUGCGGCUCUCACUUCUUCAUCGGAACAUGGCGCACAUUAUACAAAUUAUGAGACGGAGGAAAAGUAUAAGAAUUCGGUUGAGCAUAACAUCUUUGGAGACGAGGGCCAAAACAUGCAGGUGCAAGUUUGGAAAGAGAUAUUGGAAACUGUGGAUAAAAAGUAUCCAGACGUGGUCGAGAGAGUCCGUAGUUGA